AUGGAUGCCCGUCUGACCACCAUCGGUGAGCGUUGCGUACCCCUUGGUCCCGAUGGUGAGCGCAGACGACCCCUCGCCGUCGACCUCUACUGCGGCGGAGGAGGCGUUGGGAUGGGGCUCUUUCUGGCGGGAUUCGACGUGAUCGGAUAUGACAUCGAUGAGCAGGCAGAGUACCCCUUCGAGUUCGUACGGAAAUCUGCCCUCGAAGCUGAGCUCGCCGAGGCAGAGUUCGUGUGGGCCUCACCGCCAUGCCAGAGCUUCACCGCUAUCAUUCCUACUGCGAAGCGCGAGCAAUAUGGCCACCGUUGGAAUCACGAGAACCUCAUUCCGUCUACUCGAGAGAAGUUGGUGGCCAGUGGAAAACCGUACGUGAUAGAGAACGUCAUGGGUGCUGUGCGCGAGCUAUCGGGGCCGUUGGCGAUGCUGUGCGGCACGAUGUUUCCAAAGCUGAAGGUGUUUCGGCACAGGCUUUUCGAAUCGAAUUUCGGGCUCGAAGUCAAGGAUCGCAGGUGCAGUCACGCCGGGCGCUCGCUGGGGGAUCGAUCCCCGAACCUCGGACGCAAAACAUCGACCGAACCUCUCGAUCCGUUGGAUCCGGAUGUGCCCACCCUCCAGCUCACGAUGGGGACUGGUGAAGACGAAUGGAAAUCACGGACGGUCGUGCGGAAAACUGGUGAAAGUGCGGGUAUGACCGAUACGUACUACUAUUCGCCGUCGGGCGUCAGGUACAGGUCGAUCAGAGAGAUCGAGCGGGAUUUGAGACAGCGGGUCGAGAUCUUGGAGGCAGACAGACCCGCAAGGACCUCUGGCCCACGACCGAGGACACGAGGUGGGGAUCUGUCGACCGAUUCAGCCGGCCAGAUGUUCGCCGUGUAUGGUGACCCAGGCCGUGGACGAGGGACCGUCGCAGAGUGGGCUGACGCGAUGCAGAUCGACUGGCUGACAAAGGAGAAGUUGGUGGCCAGUGGAAAACCGUACGUGAUAGAGAACGUCAUGGGUGCUGUGCGCGAGCUAUCGGGGCCGUUGGCGAUGCUGUGCGGCACGAUGUUUCCAAAGCUGAAGGUGUUUCGGCACAGGCUUUUCGAAUCGAAUUUCGGGCUCGAAGUCAAGGAUCGCAGGUGCAGUCACGCCGGGCGCUCGCUGGGGGAUCGAUCCCCGCACCUCGGACGCAAAACAUCGACCGAACCUCUCGAUCCGUUGGAUCCGGAGGUGCCCACCCUCCAGCUCACGAUGGGGACUGGUGAAGACGAAUGGAAAUCACGGACGGUCGUGCGGAAAGCUGGUGAAAGUGCGGGUACGACCGAUACGUACUACUAUUCGCCGUCGGGCGUCAGGUACAGGUCGAUCAGAGAGAUCGAGCGGGAUUUGAGACAGCGGGUCGAGAUCUUGGAGAGAGACAGACCCGCAAGGACCUCUGGCCCACGACCGAGGACACGAGGUGGGGAUCUGUCGACCGAUUCAGCCGGCCAGAUGUUUGCCGUGUAUGGUGACCCAGGCCGUCGACGAGGGACCGUUGCAGAGUGGGCUGACGCGAUGCAGAUCGACUGGCUGACAAAGGCGAUGCCUUCCGUCAGCCUGGCGUGCUACACAUGCGACCCCUUCGCAUCGCCCAAGAUCCGCUCCUACAUCUUCGAAGACGGAACCUUCGGCCGUCUGCAUUUCGACCUGCGAGACCGAGAUUUCUUCAUAUACACUCCCUACCGGCACGUAGAGCACCUCACGGACAUGGCUCCGGAGGAAGCCCACGCGGUCUUGCGCGAGAUAGACCUCAUGAUAGGCGCCAUGACCGACUCCUUCAACGUGCAAUACAACAAGGGCCGCUGGAAGAGCCACCAACACGUCCACAUGAAGGUGACCAUCGACGAGCCCACGUUCCGCCGGAUCAAGCGUCAGCACCUCUCGGCGCGCGAUUGGAGAGUCUCCUCGUCGCCCUGCGGCGUCGAACACAGGGUCGCACCUCUGUCGGAAAGGCGCUCGUGGCGGGAGAGCGUCAAGUGA